AUGGCCCGAAGUGCAGCCAUGAGUGCUCCCAUGGGAAUGAACUACUUGGCCACACCUGAAAGCCUUCAAGGCUUUAACCUGAUACCACAGAUGAUGGCCCAAAUGAUGGCACAUUUUCCUUGUCAACACUUCAUCAACCAAGUGUUGACCGCCCACCAAGGAAACACAAGCAAUAAUCCGGCCUCACGAGUAGAAGAAGAUCUUGCCAAACCUUACAAGCCUAGCAAUUUGUCUUGUUUCUCCCAACAAAUUACUGAUUAUGAUUUUCAAACCCGGAUUAAGAUGCCAUCCCACAUAAGAACCUACGACGGAACUGAAUAUCCUGAAAACCACCUCCAAAUCUUUCCCGGGGCAGCAAGAGGUGAAAAAAAGUCCAAUGAUGAAUGUUGUCUCACGUUCAUGCAAACCCUUGUAGGGUCUGCCAGGAUAUGGUUUAACGACCUACCUGAAAGAAGCAUUCGAACCUUUGAUGAUCUGAGAAAAGGUUUCAUGGCCAACUUUUCUCAACAAUGGAGGUAUGUCAAGGAUGCAACAAUGAUUUUUCAGAUCAAGCAACGAGAUGAUGAAAGCUUUAGAGAUUUCAUCGAAAGAUACAAGAAGAAAGGGUUAAGCUAUGUGGGUGCUGAUGAAAAAAUGAGGGUGGCAGGGUUCAUGAAUGCCAUCACCUCCAAUACCUUACAAGGGACUUCAAUAAGUGCCUACCUAAAACCGUUGAGGAGGCCCUCGAAAGGGAUAAAGCUCACAUUCAAGGAGAGGAAGCUGUUGACAUCAAAGAGCAAAGGAAAAGGGGUCCUAGUUGGAGAAGCAACAGUCCCAACAGGAAAAGAAGUAACUAUGGUUCCAAUGACAAACGCUCAACAAGUUCAGACUCAAGAAGAUCUGAAUGCAGGAACCCUCCAAGCCGGGAAAAGACUGUGA